CUUUGUUGCGAUAAGGACAGAUAGAGAAAGCCUGGCGUUCACAGCGGGAGCGCGCCUGAACGUAAACCCCAUCUUAACAUCCUGAUGGUCACAUUUACUACAGGCACUAAGUCGUCUGGCUGUGCUGCUCACUACUUUGCAACAUGACAGCUUUACGCCAAAGGAAGGGCAGCAAGGGGAAGGAGCCCCCGGUCGCUCCCGACUUUCAGCCCCAAAAGUCCAACUGUUGCUCUGAGCAUCACUCAGACAAGAUCCUGCAUGGUGACUGGUCAUGGGGGUCGAUAAUCUGGACAUCGGUUGGCUGGUCAGUGUCCGUCGGUCUCGGCUUGCUGUGCUGCAUCUACGUGGCAACGCUUCACGAGAACGACCUGUGGUUCUCCAACAUCAAGGAAGUUGAGCGUGAGAUUUCCUUUCGGACAGAGUGUGGACUGUAUUACUCCUACUACAAGCAAAUGUUGCAGGCUCCGUCCAUACAGCAAGGGCUCUCCGAGUUGAUCCACGACAAUCUGACCGAAUCCAAAAGGACCAUAAACCUCCUGCAGCGGAUGAACAUCUACCAGGAGGUUUUCCUCAGCGUGCUCUACAGACUGCUGCCCAUACAGGUGUAUCUGGAGCCGGUGUAUUUCUACAUCUACACCGUGUUCUCGCUUCAAGCGGUGUAUGUGAUCGCUUUGUACCUCACAGCAUGGCUCCUGGCUGGCUCCUGGCUGGCCGGUGUGCUCACCGCGAUCUGGUACAUACUCAACAGGGUCGAUACCACUCGUGUGGAGUUCACCAUCUCCCUCCGAGAAAACUGGUCUCUGCCCUUUCUGGCGCUGCAGGUUGCUGCCAUCACUUGUUACCUUAGGCCUCAGCUUACCGCCAUACAGCAGAAGGUGAUGGUGUGGCUGAUGUUCGUGACGACCUUCUGCUUCUGCCUGACGUGGCAGUUCAACCAGUUCAUCCUGCUGGUCCAGGCCCUCAUCAUAUACAGCCUGGACAGUGUGGACGUGCUCACAGCCUCACAGGUGACCACUCUGUACCUGGUCCAAGUCAGUGGUCUGCUGAGUGUGUGGCUUCUCCAGUUCUGUAACUCCAUGAUACUGGGCUCACUGGUCCUCAGCUUCAUAGUGGCUGCGCUCUUCGUGAAACACUGCCAGCCUGGCCUGAAAACAGGAAGUCUCGCUGUUCGUCUGGGCAAACUGCUUCUCCACACCGCGCUGGUUCUCCUCCUCACCGUCACCAUCAACUACCUGGCCAAGAAAGCACUUCAGCUGAGGUCAGAUGAACACAUCUUUAAAUUCAUCAAGGCGAAAAUCGGCUUGGGGCCAACGAGGGAUUUUGAUGCCAGUCUCUAUCUGUGUGAAGAGGCCUUUGGCCUGCUGCCUCUCGACACGCUGGAGCGUCUAGCCGGCACGCUGCUGCUUUACCCCUACAUCCUCACAUCACUGCUGCUCACCGGCACGCUGGCAGUGACGGCCCUGCAGAACCUGAGCGGGCUCAAAGGAGGGUCAGUAGAGGAGAAAAGAGGAGGAGGAGAGUUAAGAGCAAUGACUCUUCGUCCACAUGUGGCCUAUAAUCUGUUGCACACACUGUUCUACGGCCUCUUGGCUUUCAGCACGAUGAGGAUGAAAUAUAUCUGGACGGGUCAUAUGUGCGCGGUGGCGGCUUACGGUGUUUGUGGGACGGAGCUGUGGAAUCUGAUUCUCGGUGCUCUCCGCUGCAACAGUAAAACUCUGAUCAGGCUUGUCAGAUACGCCGUUCCACUGGCGAUGAUUGGUUGCCUGUAUUACAAGUUCUGGCCCAAGCUGAUGGAGGAGGUAUCAGAACUGAGAGAGUUUUAUGAUCCAGACACUGUGGAGCUCAUGACCUGGAUCAGCUCGAAGACGCCGAAGCAGGCUGUGUUUGCAGGCAGCAUGCAGCUGCUUGCAGGCAUCAAGCUGUGCACAGGCAGAGUCCUCACCAACCACCCGCAUUAUGAGGACAAGGAGCUGCGAGAAAGAACAAGACAGGUGUACCAGGUGUAUGCUCGCCGCUCCCCAGAGGAGGUUUAUGGCAUCCUGAAGGCCAUCGGGGCCGACUACCUCGUCCUGGAGGACAGCAUCUGCUACGAGAGGAGGCACAAGAGAGGCUGCCGACUGCGAGACCUGCUGGAUCUGGCCAACGGACAUAUCAUGGACGGACCGGGACAGAACGACGCCGACCUCGUUCCCGCCGCACACCCCCGUUUUUGCGAGGCCAUCAAGUCGGACGCGGCGGCCUACGCGGCGCUGUUCACCAGGACUUUCCGGAACAAAACCUUCCACGUCUACCGGCUCAGGAAGAAGCGCGCGAAAAGCAGCAAGAGCUCGACGGACGCCGACCCGACCCACUAGCCGGAGCAGAGGUCAGGCUGCAGCAGGGCUGGAGGCCACAGAGGAGAAAUAUCCAGAAGAAGAAGAAAACACAAAACAAAACAAAACACUGAAUUCUCACUCUGUUCCUCCAUCUUCUGUCUGAACUCUUUAUUUUAUUUUAUUUUUUUUUUUUAAUAGAACAUCCCCAUAAACUACUGUGUUACAACAGCGGCUCAGAUGAAGCUCGGAGCUGGGUUGUUUUUUGGUUCUUGGAGUGCGGAAGCACCUGUGAGAGUCCUGCUGUGGGCAGUUUUGUCUGCAAAACAAACCACAAACAACACACACACACACACUAAUUGGUGCAGAUAAAGAGAAAAAACUCUGCAAGUGUAAACAAGCAUUAUUAGACUCCUACCAGCAUCGAUUAUUAAGACAAGGACACAAGCAACAAUUGAAGAGAUUCAUUUCAUUUUAAGUGGGUGUAUGUGUUUCUCUCCCUCUAUCGCUCGCAUAAUGAGCAGCAAAAAUACGGUAGUAAGUUGUACAGGAUGAUUAUCUGUCCUUUAACUGUCGUGUUUUAUGGUUCCCGGGUUUUUUCCGAUGAUCGUCAACCUCCCCUAACCUCACACAGCCAUGCUCUGAUUUCAUUUCCAUCGUUCACAAUACAAGGCAGGUGAUGCGAUCAGCCAUUUGUCUUGGAUGAGUCAACUCAUCCAAUCAGACAAACGAACCAUCUGAUGUUUAGAGUGCCAAAGCUAAGCAAACAGCAGCAACUGUGAUGGCGUAAGACGGGAGGGGCGAUUCCAAAUUUGUUGGUGUCGAUUCUGACUCUGAUUCUGAUUUGCACAGCCAGAAUGGUCCAGUAGAUUGAGUAUUCAAAUAUUGCACGUAUUACUCCAUAUUCCAUGUAAUGCAAGCUAAGAUAUACAGCUUCUGCUUUGUGAUGGUCAGUCUUUUUGUCGUUAAAACAAUUUUUUUUUUUUUUUUUUUUAUUUCUGCUUCAAGAAUAAAGCUGGAGUGUCUUCAGAUCCGUUCCGGUUUGUUUCAGUAUCGAGUCUCAGAAUCAAGAAUCCCCUCGUUUGGAGUCGAUUUCUCAUCCCUCGGUGAAAGCGAGCAAGAUUAUCGCCGGCUUGUUAGGAUGCUACGCCCCUUUUUCCCAUUUUUUGUGAGGAAG